AUGAUGAACGGUGUAGAGUAUCGUGCGGUAGUAUUCAAUUCAGCUCGAGAUGGCAACUUGAGGAGACUGAAUAUUUUCCUGGAAGAUCGGAGUGCUGAUUGGUUAUUUGGUUGUUUGACCGCACCUCCAUCAAGAACUCCACCGCUGGUUAUCGCGGCCAGAAAUGGACAUUUGGAUGUGGUUAAAUAUCUCAUGAAGAAAGGAGCUGAUGUCUCAGUCAAAGGAACGGUCUCAUUUGACGGAGAAGUGAUCCAGGGCGCUCCGGCUUUGUGGGCCGCUGCAGCCGCAGGUCAUUUGAGUAUAGUUCGUUGUUUAGUGGAAGAAGGUGGAGCGGAUAUAAAUCAGACAACAAACUCGAAUAGUUCUCCGUUGAGGGGCGCGUGUUAUGAUGGACACUAUGAAAUUGUGAAAUAUUUGGUGGACAAAGGUGCUGACAUUGAACUGGCGAAUAGACACGGUCAUACACCGCUGAUGAUUGCUGCGUUCAAAAUGCGAACGGAAGUCGUGAAAUUCCUUCUUGAAAGAGGAGCUGAUCCGUUGAAGUCUUCUGCGAAAGGUAAUACGGCGAUGCAUGACGCGGCCGAAGCGGGUAGCGAUGAAAUUGUAAGAAUGCUGUUGAGUAUGAAUGCGAAGAAUAUAGCUGAUGACUUCGGUGUGACUCCGAUGAUGUGUGCUGCGCUCGCAGGCCAUGAGAAUGUUGUUCGAUUACUGGCUGAAUUUGUUGAUGACCCACAGCAGACCAGAGAUGCGAUGAAGUUGUAUGGUGCCACUCUGGUGGAUAAGAGAAUGGAUUUAAGCACAGCGAUAGCUAUUUGGAAAGAGGCAAUGGACUACGGUGAAGCAAAGGGUGGUAAUGAACCGUUGGAAGUUUAUGAAAAUCUGGUUGAGAUCGAUUCACUGAACGAUAUUCGAAACAUAGUCGGUGAUCCAGAUGCUAUUCGCAUGCAGGCGUUGAUAAUGCGUGAACGCAUCCUCGGAGGUUACCAUCACGAAACACACUAUUUCAUUAGGUAUCGUGGAGCAGUUUAUUGUGAUUUGGGACAAGUGGAUCGAUGUUUCGAAUUGUGGAUGCAUGCGUUAAAAUUGCAGCAAACGCAUCUGUGUGCACUGCACCCAUCAACCAAAUCAACAAUCACCGCAUUUCUGGACUCAUUCAUGAUCACAAUCAAUGAAGGUAUCAUCAAUGCCAAUGUCGAUGCAGCUGCUCAUGCUCGUGUACAACCCUUCUCGAAAUCAAAUCUGUUGCACGUUCUGAACGCAACCGUCAACGAAAUGGAAAGGUAUAGAAACGGAGACGUACGAAUUCGAAGCGAAGAUACAUUAGAAGAAACGGAAAGUGAAGAGAGUUGCAUGAAUUUCCUGAUGCUCGCAUGUCUGCAAUUCAUUUUAUUGAUAAAUCGUUUGCAAUCGAUCGAAAAUAAGUGUUGUGAAGAUGAAGAAGUAAUCGAUGUCAAAGACUCCUCAUCAUUCGCCUCAACGCUUCAUCAAAGUAUUUGUCGUUUGAUCAGCGUUACAAAUCAAUCGCAAAUGUAUCCACUACAUGCCGCAUGCAGAGAUACCGACAAGCCCGUUACUGCCAGAUUUCCAUCGAGUUUUGUGAUCAGUCGGUUGAUACGAUCCGGUGCUGACGUGAAUCUGAAAGAUCAAAACGGAAAUACGCCAUUGCAUACUCUUCUUGAAUGUGAUAAGCCGCGAACGAGUGUCGUCAAGUUACUCCUGGAACAUGGUGCGAAACUUCUGGCACGGAAUACGAAUGACGAGACGUGUCUCGAGAUUAUUCAUCGGAAAAUGUCUUUAUCGCUCCCUCAACUCAAACUUGGUCGUUUCUUAAUGCUAUCUGGUCUCGCCGCGAACACAUUACAACGAAAACGUAUCCCGCAUAAUUUCUUGUCAAUUGUACCGAAAGAUUUAAUGCCGCUAUUGAAUUUGUAUUGA